AUGGCUCCCGCAGCGCGUGCCGCACGAGCAUCAAAGGGCCAGAAAGGCAGCAGUUCACAUCCACCAAGUACGAGCAGUGCGACUACAAACGAAGACACCAUCAAGGAACUACCAGGAGAUGGAAUGUCCAAAGCGGCGGCCGUUACCGAGGUCGCCCGUGAGAGCAUAUCGGCAGCUAGUUCAGCAGCCUCUCAACGCUCGCGAUCAUCCUCGUCUUUACGAAGCACUGCCAUAUCCUCCCGGCCUCCUUCAAUCCAGUUUACGAAAGGGGUUGGAAUAUCUGCUCGGUCACUUCCAGCGGAAGUUGCCACCACAAAAGUGAAUAUCGCAUCCACAGAGGCCCCAUCUAUGCCAAAACCAAACAUCUCGAAUAAUAUCGCCAGGAACGUUCAUAACGGCUUAAAACCGUCUGAAGGUACGGAUAAGGUGGAAGGCGAGCCAAAGGAGGACGAAACACCACAAGAAACCCAGCCCAUAGAGCCAAAAAAGGGAUCACCAAAUGCGCCAUCAGAAACAACAGUUGAUCUGCCACAAAAGGAAAUACAUAACGAACAACCUCGCUCGAUAGGCUGGUUUGAGUGGCUCUCAAUGGCAAAGAACACAAAUGAACCUACUCCGCAGCCAUCCGACCCUGCCAUUGUGAAGGAGGACGGCUCGUCUACGCCAAAGGUUGGACUUGAAAAUACAUGCAGUACAAUUAAAGAGGAUAUCAACAAACAUGAUACCUCUGGACUCAAAGAAGUCCGGGUUUCACAGUCAAGGUCGUGGCUUCAGCUAUGGGGCGGAUCUAAUGCUAACACUCAAGCAAAACCACUUGAGCCGAUAUCGAAUCCCCAAAGCGCGGAGAACACCACCACUACACCACAAUCCAAUCCUCAAGAAGAAAGUAUUAGCCAAUCACAACCAGAAGGCGCAAGUGAUAAAAAUCAACCUGCCGAAGAUACUACGCACAAACGUGGAGAAUCGGCAUCAGGAUGGCUGUUUUGGCCGAGACAGCAAGCAGAUAUAGGUUCCUCCGCUAAGAAAGGAGAAAAUGCAUCUGAGAAUGUACCCCCUGAUGAAAACACGAAGGAACAGAUGAAGGGGGCUUCACUGGCUGCAGAGACACAAAAUAUCCCGUCUUCUAAGAACUCUCGUGUCAAACCAUCUACAGCUAUACCUCAAGCCGCAACUCCCCCAGAACCCUCUUCGCAAACCGUCCCCAAAGAGCCCCCACUUCAGCCAGCAAAUGUCCCUGUAGCUCCAUCAACAAAGAAAGGGGAGCGAACACCGCCAAAUCAGGUUCUCCCAUCCUUCCACACCAGCUUCCCCCUCGAGAGCAAACCUAGUUUCAUCGAGCAGCUCAGCCGCCUGCUCUAUAAGAAGGGCUCGGAACCAAGACAUGUCUUACGGAGCCAAACCACUCCACAGAUAAAAAAGGCUAUCGCGAUCGGUAUACAUGGGUACUUCCCUACACCUUUAAUACGGACAGUUAUUGGCCAGCCGACAGGAACCUCUGUUAAGUUUGCAUCUAUGGCCGCUAAUGCAAUUCAAGAAUGGGCCGAUGAAAAUAACUCACCCUGUCACAUAGAAAAGAUUGCGCUCGAGGGCGAAGGGCGCAUUUCUGAACGGGUCGACUUGCUUUGGAAGCUGCUUCUCAACUGGAUUGAGCAUAUUCGGGAAGCUGACUUUGUCCUAGUCUCUUGCCACAGCCAAGGUGUCCCGGUUGCAACGAUGCUGGUCUCGAAGCUAAUAGCCUUUGGCUGUGUGAGCUGCGCUCGGAUCGGCAUAUGCGCAAUGGCAGGUAUCAACCUAGGGCCAUUCGCUGACUAUAGAUCCCGUUGGAUCAGCGGGUCAGCUGGAGAGUUGUUUGAUUUUACAGACGCUGAAAGCAAAGUCUCGAAGGAUUACCGGGCCGCUUUGAAGGCUGCUCUGGAUUUUGGCGUAAAGGUUACUUAUGUUGGAAGUAUAGACGAUCAACUCGUAUCUUUGGAGUCUUCUACAUUUACAACCGUUUCGCAUCCUCAUAUCUAUCGUGCUGUGUUUGUCGAUGGACGGGUGCAUGCUCCCAGCUUCCUUUCGCAUCUGGUUGGCUUCACUAUGAAGUUGCGGAACCUAGGAGUCUCUGACCACGGCCUGAUUCGAGAACUCAGUUCGCCUCUCGCUGGGAGUUUAUACACGGGAGAAGGUCACUCCCGUCUAUAUGAAGACAAGGACGUCUAUAAGUACUUCACCCCCCCCCCCCCCUCUUUUUUUGCCUCCACAGAACCCAAAAACCAUAUGAUUGCGCCCACGGCAUCAACUUCAACUGCCAAUCCAUACAUACUUCCGUUUGCGAUGCGCGGAGUCCUGGAAGAAGAAUAUGUUCGACAUGAAUUGUCAGAUGAAACCAUGGAACUGUUAAAACAGUUCGAAGACUGGAAGCCAUCCACAAAAACAUUAAAAGACGUUAAAUUCCGGUUAGAGGGGAUAAGGUCUAAACUUUGA